AUCCUAUUUAAAAUUCUGAGAGGACAUAGUGAUACUGUGAGCUUGUGCCAUUUUUGCUUUGAAGACACAAAAGCCUCAUGCUCUUAUGAUAGAACAGUGAAGCUGAGGUAUGAUGUUGAGAAAGGUUUUCCUAUUCAAGUUUUUGAAGAAGAACACACCACCCCCAUUUCUGAGUGCAACUUGACUCCUGAUGACAGAAAAGAGGUAACAUCGUCAUAUGAUAACACUGUCAAGGCUUGGGGUAUGGAAAGAGGAAAAAUUCUUUGGACAAUAGAACAUGAAGGCACUGUAACUUCAUGUAGUAUUUCUUGUGAUGGUAGAUACGUGGUAUCUGGUUCAGACAAAGAAAAUGCCCUGUAUGGGUUUAAUGCAAUAGGUGCAACGGUAGUGGCACAUAUCCAAGGUCGUCACAAAAGUACAAUGGCAAGAUGUUGUUUUGACCCUGAUAAAGUGACUUCAGUAUCAUAUGAUAAGACCAUAGAGCUGUGGGAUAUGAUAACACAAUCCAAAUCGAUUACAAUUAAUGAGGGACACAGCAACGCUAUCUAUUGUUGCUGUACCUCCGAUGGUCGUUACUUGUGCACAGCAUCCUGGGACAGAAGCUUAAAACUAUGGGAUAUAAAUACAGGAGAAUUUUGGUGUCAUGAACCCGUUUCCUUGAACCAAGGACAUGAGGGUUCUGUUAGUUCCUACCUUUUUAGCCAAGAUGCAUCACUUGUGUCUGGUGGAUAUGACAAAACUAUAGCUAUAUGGGAUACAGAUGCAGGCUAUAACAAGCUGAGCUUAAAGGGUCAUUGGGACUGGGUGACAGAUGUUGAGAAUAGCAAAAACAAGAAAUGGAUUCUUUCAGCCUCAAAGGAUUCUACUUUGAGAUUGUGGAAUAUUGAAAAGAUGGAUCAUAUUCCUUUCGUGAUAGCGGAAUAGCAAGAAGCUGAAAAAUUGCUCAGGUUCUACCAGUGUGAAGAAUGUGAAAAACCUUUCUUAUGCCUGCAACAUAGUGACUCUGAAACAAUAUCCAUGUGUGUAUUCUGUCGUCUGUCUCAUUCAGUGAGAAAAAUUUUGCCAUUGCCACCUCCCACUACUUCUGAUCUUUAA